CACCGGUAGCAUAGAUAGAGCUAAGGUUAGAAACAAUGCCUGCGUGGAGCCCAAGAAGUAGCCCAAGCUUACCCCUCUCAGAGGAGCAGCUGAGGGGUCUGCUGAAGAGAUAUGACAGCAACGGAGAUGGUCGGCUGAGCAAGAAUGAGCUGAAGACAGCCUUCCGUAGCUUAGGCCUUCGCUUCAGUAGUUGGCGAGCUGGAAGAGCCCUCCGCCAUGCAGAUGCCAAUGGAGAUGGAUUCAUCAGCGAUGAAGAGAUGAAUGAACUCGUCAGAUACGCCACCACCAGAUGGGGUUUUUAUAUUAGCUAGCUACAUAUUUUAUUUUAUUUAAUUAAUAUGUAAA